UGAUAAAGAAAAAAACAGCCGCUUCCGUGUUGUUCUUGGGCUAUUCUGGCAAAUAACUAUCGUUAGCGGAGUCAAAGCUCGUCUGACAGCCUCGCCGGAGUGUGACUAUCAUGGUUUUGUGAAGCUGACAGUUUCGUCUUUUUUUUAAACCCGAAAUGUCGCUGCUGCCGAGCUCAAAGAAAAAAGACAAGCGUAUUUUGUCUGGUACCUGCCCAGACCCGAAAUGUCAGGCGAGACUUUUCUUCCCAGCUUACGGCUCCAUUAGCAUCGAGUGCACGGAGUGCGGUCAGCGCCACGAACAGAAGAACCUGUUAAAUGUCGAGGAAGUGACUGAUCCAGAUGUGGUGCUUCACAAUCUGCUCAGAAACGCCCUGCUCGGCGUCACCGGGGCCCCGAAGAAGGGGACCGAGCUGGUGAAGGUAAUGGGGCUUUCUAAUUACCACUGCAAGCUCCUGUCCCCGGUGCUCACCAGGUAUGGCAUGGACAAACAAACGGGCAAAGCCAAGCUGCUGAGAGACAUGAACCAGGGUGAGAUGUUUGACUGCUCGCUGCUGGGAGACAGGGCUUUUCUGAUCGAGCCGGACCACGUUUCCACCAUGGGCUAUGGCAAAGACAGGUCAGGGAGCCUGAUAUAUCUGCACGACACUCUGGAGGAGGUGAAGAAGGCCAACGGCAACAGAGAGUGUCUCAUCCCGGUGCAUGUCGAUGGAGACGGGCACUGCCUGGUCCACGCUGUGUCCAGAGCGCUGGUGGGACGAGAGCUGUUCUGGCACGCCCUGAGAGAGAACCUGAAGCAGAACUUCAAGCAGAACCUGGACAAAUACAAGGCCCUCUUUCAGGAUUUUAUCGAUGCUGCAGAGUGGGAGGACAUCAUCAACGAGUGCGACCCCCUUUUCAUCCCUCCCGAAGGCGUGCCGCUCGGACUGCGCAACAUCCACAUAUUUGGGUUGGCCAACGUCCUCCAUCGGCCCAUAAUCCUGCUGGAUUCCCUGAGUGGCAUGAGGAGCUCUGGAGACUAUUCUGCCACCUUCCUGCCUGGGUUGGUAGCUGAGGAGCAGUGCAGGGGCAAAGACGGAAAGCUCAACAAACCCAUCUGCAUCGCCUGGAGCAGCUCCGGCAGGAACCAUUACAUCCCUCUGGUGGGGAUCAAGAACACGGUGCUGCCUAAACUGCCGGCGCGCCUGCUCCCAAAAGCCUGGGGCAUCCCCCAGGAGCUCAUCAGGAAGUACAUCAAGCUGGAGUCGGACGGGAGCUGCGUGAUCGGUGGCGAUCGCAGCCUGCAGGAUAAAUAUCUGAUGAGGCUCGUCAAUGCCAUGGAGGAGGUGUUCAUGGAGAAGCACAGCAUCCACCCGUCGCUGGUGGCUGACGUGCACCAGUACGUCUACAGACGGACCGGCGUGAUCGGCAUCCAGCCCGAGGAGGUGACGGAAGCAGCUAAGAAGUCGGUGAUGGAGAACCGGCUGCACCGCUGUCUGAUAUGCAGCGCCCUCUCCGAGCUCCACAUCCCGCCUGAAUGGCUGGCUCCCGGUGGAAAGCUCUAUAACUUAGCCAAAUCCACACACGGCCAACUGCGGCCAGACAAGAACUACAGCUUCCCCCUCAACAACGUGGUCUGCUCUUACGACCCUCAGAGAGACGUCCUGGUCCCAGAUUACAAACUGAGCUCCCUUAACACCUGCAACUGGUGUCACGGCACGUCGGUCCGCCACAUCCGCGGCAACGGGUCAGUGGUUUACCUGGAUGGGGACAGAACCAACACUCGCUCGCAGGGUGGCAAGUGUGGGUGCGGCUUCAAGCAUUACUGGGAGGGUAAGGAGUAUGACAACCUCCCAGAGGCAUUCCCCAUCACGCUGGAGUGGGGGGGCCGGGUGGUGCGAGAGACCGUGUACUGGUUCCAGUAUGAAACUGACCCGACGCUCAACAGCAACGUGUACGACGUGGCUAUGAAGCUGGUCACCAAGCACUUCCCCGGAGAGUUCGGCAGCGAGAUCCUGGUGCAGAAAGUAGUCAACACCAUCCUGCAUCACACGGCGAAGAAGAACCCAGACGAGUACAACCCCGUGUCCAUUGAUGGGGCUCACGUCCGCCGUCUCACUGACGCCACAGAGGCUCCGCAGGCGGCAGACCCCCAGCCACCCACCAAGAUCAUCUUGACGGGUCAGAAAGCGAAGACGCUGCACAAAGAGGAGCUGACGAUGAGCCGGGCAGAGCGGAGCAUCCAGCAGAGCAUCAGCGAACAGGCCUUCGUCACUCAGAAGCGACGAACUGAUAAGCUCAAGCAGGAGCAGAAGGGCCACGGCCGGCCGUCCUCCCCCGGCGGGUCUCCCGAAGUCUCCUCCUCUUCGGCUCCUGCCACGCCCACCAAAUCCUCCUCCCCCUCCUCAUCGAUCAAGGAGAAGAAGAUCCGUGUGACCACCAGUGACGGCAGGCAGGCCAUGCUGACCCUGCAGGCCCACACCACCUUCUCAGAGCUGCAGGGCAGCAUCGCCAAUCAGUUCGGCGUGCCCCCGGCACAGCAGUGCAUCCGCCACGGCUUCCCGCCCAGAGAGCUGCCCCCGCCGAAGGACGGAGAGGAGAAUGAGCCCGUGGCGCUGCAGCACGGCGACAGGGUGACGGUGGAGAUAAUGAGGGGUCCCGAGGACAGGAGCCCCGCGGCCUCCUUGCCCAGAGCCUCCAGCUCACACUCCGCCCUCCACUCUCUGAAGAGCGAGGACACGGCGACGGCCGGCAGGAUGAGCAGCCGCGAACUCCAGGACAGCAUCGACCUCGAGAUGUCCUCCCUCUGUCUCCUAGCAACCUUGAUGGGCGAAGACGUUUGGUCGUACGCGAAGAAGCUGCCGCACUUAUUCCAGCAGGGGGGAGUCUUCUACAGCAUUGUCAAGAAAGACAUGGGCCUGAUUGACGGGAAACACUGCACGCUGCCUCACUUGACGGGGAAAACCUUCGUCUACAACGCCGCGGAGGAGCGCCUGGAGCUCUGCGUGGACGCCGCAGGUCACUUCCCCGUCGGCCCGGAUGUGGAGGAGCUGGUGAAGGAGGCGCUGGUGCAGCUGCGCUCGGAGGCGGCCACCAGGGGCAGCAGAGAGGGGAGCCCGUCCCACGGCCUGCUGCGGCUGGGCAGCGGCGGCGUCGUGCGGAAGAAGGAGCAGCUGCAGAGCGUCACCGCCUUCCAAGGUAAAGGCCACUCUCUGGGCAGCGCCGGCGGAUCGUCCCCACCGGAACAUCGGCCUAUAACGCGCCAGCACAGCAGCGGGGUCGAUCUGAGUGCCAGCGUGUCCCGGGGACCCCCGGACCUGUCAGACAUCCCAGAGGACACCACCCGGGAGCUCGUUCGCAUGGCGCCGGGCUUCGUCACCAUGAAGGACGGCCGCGGUCUGGAUCCCGCUCUGAUGGAGCAGCAGAGGAAGAAGCUGCAGGAGAUGGUCUCCUCCAUCCAAGCCUCCAUGGAGCGCCACCUGAGGGAGCAGCAGAGUGCUGCGGGGGGCGGGGCCGUCCAGGAGCGGACAGGCGGGACUAAGAGCGCGGUCGACAACGAAGCGGCCGCGGCCGCGGCGACGGCGACGGCAACCGGAAAACCGGACGAGAAGGUGGAGGAGCCGGAGGACAUGGAGAGCCAGGAAGCCGGGCAGAGCAACGCCACCGAACCCAUGGACCACUCCUGAUCACGCCGCCCCACCCCCACCCCGCCUGGCCGGCAUCUGUGGGUCCUAAUGCCUCAGGUCGGAUCCUAAAGCUUUGGUCUUCAUCGUGUUGCGUUGUCUUUACUGCAUGACUAAAGAGAGGGCCGGCCGCCCUCGCCCCUGCAGACUCCAGGUGGGACAGUGAUCGGUAAAGAGGAUAUAUUGCGACACGCCGUCUGCGAUACAUCACGGGUCCUUUCACACCAUCCUCGUUCUUCUGUGGCAAUACUGAAGCUGACUGCUCUGUGUGUUUACACUCUAAACCACUUUACACUCGGCUCAAAACUCCACAACGCAGCAUAUCAAAAAAAUAAAGCCGGUGCUGGUUCCUAUCUGUUCUCUUCGCCCGAUGAUGUAUCGUAAGCGUCGUUCUCGCAAUAUAUGGCGGCAUGGCCCGUUUGGAGGCAGGAUUGUAUCUCUAGCCCUGUGAUUCCCACCUGCGGACGUCUUAUCCUCUCGCUAUGAAAACACGCACCGAUAUCCGAGGAGUUUAGAAACCAGUCGGAGUCACGUGUCAGACGCAUUCCUUGUAGAUAGAAGAGUCUUAAUCCGCCAGCAGGCGGAGAGCUGCCGGCGUAACGUCCUGCAGACAUGCUUCCUUCAACGUGCACGCUCUGAGUAAGUGCACCGGCCUCUGUGCGCAUCAACGCCUUCGUCACCGAAAUCAGCUUCUCACCGUCCGUCUGACCGAGCAGCACAGGGAGGAGGUUGGAUCUGUCUCGGCUCGACUGUCUGACUCCUCUUGACCUCGCGUUAGAUUGCUUUUUCUUUUUCUUUCGUUGUCCCUCCUACAGGCGCUGUUUAAAUUAGAAUGUUCCGUAAUGAUGGCGUCGCUGAUGUUAAUCUCCUGAAUUCAGCGUUGACAGGUGUGAGAAGUCACUGCGGCGGCUGUUUGAGAAACUACAGAGAGUUUCAGCUGCAGUCCUUUUUCUUAGUUUUUGAGUUACUGCAUGUGCGAGGAUUGAUAUUUUACAUUUGAAUCCUCUGAAAAAGAAGUUCUGUUUACUGCUCUAUCCACAUACCGAUGCUCAAGCAUUCGUGUACAACAAGAAAUGCCAAAGAUGUGUUGGAGAUCAUUUACAGAUAGUUUGUCAUCUAGCGAGCGCCCGGCAGGUUUAGUAUCGUUUCCACAGGAUCCCCCAAGAGUUUUGACGUUGGCCUCACUCUGAUUUAUUUUCUUUAUCUUUUUUUUGAGCUUCUCAAAAUGUUCAAUCCGAGUUAAGUCAGAUCCAGUUUUCGUUCUCGUUAUUUGAAGAGUAGGAUAGUUAAAAAUUGAAACUACUGAGACACGGUCAAGUGCCUGAAAAAGCUUCUUGUGAAGCUCAGUUCAUUUACGUUCUUGGGGAAAUAAAAGGCAUCCUCGUUCGCAGGGCUCUGAAGAAUCAAGCUCUUUGUACUUUACACACGAUUGAGAUUAAUUGAAAUCAUUUAUUGACACCGUUGUGGUGUUGUGGGUAUAAAAAUCACACGCGCACACAAAAAGACAAAUUGCAGUUGUAGCUCUCGUAGCCUCCAGGCUACGUUCAGUAAAGGCCUGUAUAUUACCUUAAGUGAUCACUAACGUUUACUUCUGAUUUUUUCAAAGACGGCUUCACGCUGACGUUGCAUGUGAGCUGUGCGAAUGAAGAUAAAAUGACCAAGAAAACAGUAAAAGAAAAGGAGAGAUAUCUAAUCUUGAGGACAGGUGGAGUCAUUUUAAUGUGGCCUCCCCCUGACUGGAAGCACGUGUGACUCAUUUGUUAAUGAUUCGGGCUCCUCACUGAAACCCAGGCUGCUCCUCUAGUUUACGUCCAUCUAUGUUUAGUCUGGACAUGUACGUUUCAGGCCUCGUUCAAACAUUAAGGCCUGUUUGGAAUAAAGACAGGAAAGUGGUCAGGAGAGCUGUUGUGGUGUCGGCUACAGGUGUUUCUCCUGUGGACUCUCAGUCUGUCGUAGUCUCUGUUCUGUGGUUCAUCCCAGCUCUUACAGUUCCAUGUGCUUUUCUUUACUUCAAUCUAUGUUUCUGCUCCGCAAAUCUCCUCCUGGAAGGACGUAAUGUACCUUUCCUACCAUCCUAUUGGCUCAGUAGCUCAGCAGCUGCCUCAUGUCUCUAUUGAAAAGUAAAUUAAUGAAAAAAAAAAAAUAAAUAAAGAACGUGGCCAAAGAUAAACCAGAUACAGGUUUGAGUCGAGUUUCUGAGCCUGAUAUCAGGCUAUGAAAACGUUUUGCUUCUGUCCUGUGCAUGAAAGAAAUCCCCUGUGAACUUUGGCUAGAAUAUAAGAAUCCUGUUUAUUUACAGACUCACCACUAGGGGGCGUUGCCACAAACAAAAGCCUGCAAGAAAAAAAAAAAAAAACAACACAAAACUUCCCCCGGUCUGUUAAAACUAGAUGUAAAGGUGAGACUGAAAGAUGACUUUUGUUUUAUUUGAUGAGGUUUUAUCUGCUCUGCUCCGCCAACGCGACGUCUCAAGAAACACUGAAGCACAUUUUUAAAGGUUUUUAUGUUCUUCUCACGGAACGUCCGCUGGGUUACGUUUUUAACGCACACUUCCUCGAUGCGUGAGGAGGAUGCACAGCAGAUCUUUAACAAAAUAAGAUACUAUAAUAUCCUCAGAGAGGUUCUUUACCUGUGGCCAAAGUAAGGGGACGCCAAUUUAACAUGCAACUAUCACGUCAUGAGAAUAUGUUCAAAGAGUGAAGUUAGUUGGCCUCUAUCGUUCACGUGAUGCAAUAGGUGUGUGUCUCUAUUAGUUAUAAAACAGUUUAAACUCUUGGUUAUUGAGCGUUCACGGUGGACGAUGCCGUCAAACCCGUUGUUCAACGUUUUGUUUUUCCCUUUUGGAUGCUGGAGCUCUAUCAGUUUUCUCAUCGACAGGUUCAAGGCGACACAUUCAGGCACACGGCAUCCUGAACACCUAAUUAAGCUGUCACAUAUGAAUGCAGUAGCACGGCCUCAUACAUUCGGCUCGACGGAGGGUUCACGGGGUUUAUUUUCAGUCGUUGACACCAGUAGAGAUGGGACUCAGACACACAGCUAUCUGCUUGAUAUCAGGCUCAUCUCGGCGGCUUAGCUUAGCUUAGCGUCAGGGCUGCAGACUGACUCUUCAGCACAGGUCACGGAUAAACAUAUUUACUGAAGUGUCAACCUCUUUAAAAUCACAGGCAGAUUAAAGUCAGUUUUCACCUUUCUUGCCAACAGAAGUGUUUCCCCACAUCUCCACGAUGCUCCCAAAAUGUCAGUGUGCGGUGUUGUUGGAAGAACCGAGUAUCAGGCCUUAAAAUUUGUGAUUUUUAUGCAAAUCAAUUUUUUUUUUUCAUUUAGGUUCAUUUCUGCUUUACUUUUAUUUCUGUGUGUUUUGCCUCAACCUGUCAUUCGACUGAACCUCACAAAUCUUUUCCUUUGACCUCUUGUUUUCUGCUUUAAGAUCUUGGUUUAGAAAUGUGAAUGAAUCUCAGUUCCUCUGUUUUUUCUUUUUCCCACGCUCUGAGGUUUAUUUUUGCCGUUGAGGUGAUCAAAUGUAAGACUUAGCACUUUGAGGAAAAAAAGAGGGAACGUUAGCGUAGCAUACUCGCAUUAGCUGAACCCCAGUGAGUCAGAGUAGAAACCGAUGGGUCGCUCUGGCCAAUCAGAAGGAAGGAAAGUUUGCUCAGAUCAGACAACACUGCUGUAACAAACUUGAAGUUUUUCUUUGUGACUGCUGUACUAAUAACAUGAAUUGUAAUCCAGUUGUAUAAUAGUAUAUAUUGUAGUAUAUUUGGACCUGUACAUAAACAGAUUGUUCAGUUCCUUCAGUUAAUUUUUUCCUUUUUUUUUUUUGUUUCUUGUUAACUUCUCUCUGGUUUGCAAAUAAAAUAUUGAUGAUACACGGCUUCGACAUCGCUGUUUGCAUGUGUGACGAAUUUUCAACCCCAACAAUAAAAUCACUUCCUUCA